AUGGACGACCUCUACGACGAGUUUGGCAACUUCAUCGGCGAGCCCGAGGAGGACAGCCAAGAGGGAGACGCUGGCGCAUAUGAAGGUGAGCAAUACCUGGACGAUGAGGAGAGCCAGGCGGGCGGUGCGGCGGAGGAGGGGCAGGAGAUGAUGGACAUUGACGACGAGGGCCCUUCCAACGCGGUGGUGUUGCACGAAGACAAGCAGUACUAUCCGUCAGCGUCGCAAAUCUACGGUCCAGAUGUCGAAACGUUGGUUCAGGAAGAGGAUACGCAGACGCUGCAACAGCCCAUUGUGGCACCUAUUGAGCGAAAGAAGUUCACUGUCGAGGAGGAGGAUCUACCACCGGUUUACUUCGACAGAGGGUUCAUGGCCGAUCUGAUGGGCUUUCCCGAACAAAUACGAAACAUUGCGCUUUGCGGACACCUGCAUCAUGGAAAGACGAGCACUAUGGAUAUGCUUGUCACUCAGACGCACGAUCUAUCAUCGCACAUGCAAGGCAAGACUGGCAAAGCGCGGGACGACCUGAUACGGUACACGGACACGCACAUACUUGAGACAGAGAGGGGGCUGUCGAUCAAGGCCAGCCCGAUGAGUCUGUUACUGCAAGGCACAAAAGGCAAGAGUCAUCUCUUGAACAUCAUCGACACGCCAGGACACGUAAACUUUGCAGACGAAGUUGCUGCGUCGCUACGACUUGUGGACGGUGUGGUGUUGGUGGUUGAUGUUGUGGAAGGCGUGCAAGUCCAGACAGAGCUGGCCAUCAAGCAUGCGGUGCUAUCUGGCCUGCCGAUGGUCUUGCUGAUCAACAAGAUGGACCGUCUGAUGCUUGAGUUGAAGCUUCCUCCGACAGACGCGUACUUCAAGUUGAAGCAUGUGGUGGAAGAGGUAAACACGUACAUCGAGAACACGAUUCCAGGACAAGGCGAGAAAUACAGAGUCAGCCCAGAGAAGAGCAACGUGGCAUUCGCCUGCAGUAGCAUGGAGUGGUGUUUCACCCUGCCCAGCUUUGCGCACAUGUAUGCUGAAAGCUAUCCCGACGCACAAUUCGACGUCACGGAGUUCAGUCGGAGAUUGUGGGGCGACAUUUACUUCAACCCAAAGUCAAGGAAAUUCACCCGCAAGGCGACGGAGGAGAAGGCAAAGAGGAGCUUUGUUCACUUCGUUCUGGAGCCAAUCUACAAACUCUACUCCCACACUAUUUCAGAAUCGCCAGAGGACUUGAAGAAGACGCUUGCAAGUCUCGGCAUCAGCCUGAAGCCGUCGCAACUGAAGGCCAACGCAAAAGAUCUCCUCAAAAUGGUGUGCGAGCAAUUUUUCGGUCCUCCCACUGGCUUUGUGGACAUGGUCGUUGAGCACAUUCCGUCUCCACUAGAAGGAGCCAAGCAAAAGCUGGCGCAACACUACACUGGGCCGUUGGAUUCAAAGACCGCCACAUCUAUGCUGGAUUGUAACCCGGAGGGACCGCUUGUCGUCCACGUCACGAAGCUAUUGAACACCCAAGAUGCGCAAGGCUUCCACAGUCUUGGAAGAGUGAUGAGUGGCACGGCGAGGCCAGGUCAACAGGUGCGAGUACUAGGUGAGAGCUAUAGUCUUGACGACGACGAAGACAUGGUAAACGCAACGAUCGAAGAUGUCUGGAUCGCCGAAAGCCGAUACAAGGUUUCCGUCUCUGGCAUGCCAGCAGGCAACUUUGUGCUUCUCGGAGGUGUUGACAACUCAAUCAUGAAAUCAGCUACUAUUGUGUCGCCCAAGCUGCCAGAUGACGAGGACGCAUAUAUCUUCAAGCCAGUCACUCACUUCUUCGAGAGUGUCUUCAAAGUUGCGGUGGAGCCUAUCAAUCCUUCCGAGCUGCCGAAGAUGCUGGACGGUCUACGGAAGAUCAACAAGUCUUACCCUCUUAUCACUACAAAAGUGGAGGAGAGUGGUGAGCAUGUCGUUCUUGGCACUGGCGAACUGUACAUGGAUUGUGUUCUUCACGACUUGAGACGACUAUACGCUCAAAUGGAGAUCAAGGUGUCAGAUCCAGUCACACGAUUCUGCGAGACCUGCGUGGAUCAAAGUGCGAUGAAAUGCUACGCACUGACGCCAAACAAGAAGAACAAGCUCACGUUCGUUGCGGAGCCUCUGGAUGACGGCAUUGCAGAGGACAUCGAGACUGGAAAGGUCAGCAUCAAAGAUUCCGUUCGUAAAGUGGGCAAGUUCUUCGAAGACAAUUACGGAUACGAUAUCCUGGCCAGCCGCAACAUCUGGGCAUUCGGACCUGACGAGAUAGGACCGAAUAUAUUGCAGAAUGACACGCUGCCUUCGGAUGUCGACCAGAAGCUUCUGCGAAGCGUGAAAGAUACCAUACGCCAAGGUUUUGCAUGGGGAACUCGAGAAGGACCAUUGUGUGAAGAGCCAAUUCGAAACGUCAAGUUCAAGAUCACAGAUGUUGAGCUGGCGCAGGAGGCCAUCUUCCGUGGAGGAGGUCAAAUCAUUCCCACAGCGAGACGAGCCUGCUACUCGUCAUUCCUGCUGGCUGGCCCUCGACUGAUGGAGCCCGUUUAUUCAGUCACGAUGCUUGGACCUGCGAAUGCCGUCUCAUCUCUGUACACUGUGCUGGCAAGACGACGAGGCCAUGUACUGAGUGAUGCUCCAGUCCCCGGGACGCCUCUCUACUCUGUCAAAGGGUUAAUCCCGACCAUCGACUCCUUUGGCUUCGAAACGGAUCUACGCAUUCACACGCAAGGUCAAGCUACGGUAUCACUGGUCUUUGAUCGUUGGAGUAUCGUCCCGGGCGACCCCCUGGACAAGAAUGUUAAGCUUCGUCCUCUAGAGCCAGCAAGUGCCCAAGCGACCGCGAGAGACUUCGUGCUCAAGACGAGGCGGAGAAAGGGGUUGGCGGAGGACGUGACAGUCAGCAAGUACGUCGAGCCGGAAGUCAUGAGGCAACUGAAGGAGACCGGGAUGCUAGAUUGA